AUAUUGCUGUCUAAUGGUGGCUAUGCCAAGUCAAUUUCAAGUUGUUUGUUAUUUUCUCAUGCCAAUUCUAUACAUUUUUCAGAUAUGGAGCUUAUCUGAAGGUAAGCUACUGCGGAGCAUUACGUUUCCUUCAAUAGUUGACGCUAUCGCAAUGGAUCGGGGGGAGCAUGCAUUUUACGCUGGUGGUAGAGAUGGCAAAAUAUAUAUUGCUGCACUUAAUGCUGAAAGCAAUCCUAAUGGCAUUUAUGGAAUGUUCAUUAUUGGUUCCUUAUAUGACCACAGUAAGGCUAUAACAUGCUUAGCACUUAGCACGGAUGGAGGUAUGCUGGUGUCUGGAUCAGAGGAUGGUACAAUUCGAGUUUGGGAUACUAAAAGUCAACAUGUGACUCGAAUCCUAAAACAUGCAAAAGGUCCUGUCAAUAAUGUUCUUAUAAUUAGACAACCUCUUCGUGCAUGUCCUCCAGCAUUAGCAAAUGCACAAGCCUCCCUAUCCAGGAAGCGUCUUAGUUUGUCACUUCCUCCACCUUUGAGUAAAUAUAUUGACUCAACAGAUGGAGAAAUUGAAACAAAGGCUGUAAAUUUGCUUCUGCCUCCUUGGCAAGAUCCAGAAAAGAGUAAAUACUGCAGUUCAAACGUGAUAAAGAAACAAAUCAAAGAGCUUCAGCAACAGAGUUCUUCAGGUGCUGCAGAAAUGGAGUCGGAAAGACUAAGGCUAGAAUGUAAAAGAUCAAUACAGAUGGCUCAGCAAUGGAAGAAGCUGUACCAAGAGUUGCAAAAUCUGUGUGUAAAUGAGCUGUUGAAUGGAGUCCAGAUGGAUGACAGAUGAGGAAACAACUUAAAAGAACUUCAAUAUAGAGAGCUUUCGUGAUGGAUGUGAAAGCCACCUAUCUAAAUUCUGCGGUAUUCUAACAGUUGCUUUGAUAAUUCAAUUUUGCUUCAUGUAGUGUUUGUAAUAGAUAGUUUUUUGGCCAAGUAUCAUAGCCUCCUGUUAUAGGAAAAUAUUCUUGAUUAGCUGUUAAAUUUUUGCCUCAAAAUGAUGUUCAAAAUUCUUGUAAUUGUUGCUCGGGGGCAUGCAUUUUGUCUUGACAUGUUUCAUGGUUUCGAAGAAUGUAAACCAAUUCGUCUGGAUCCA